UUUGUCGACCCGUCCAUCCAACCCGACCUCCUCCCUACCACUUUGGAUCCGGAUACAGCUCAUCCGGCUCUGGUUCUGUCUGAUGAUGGGAAACAGGUGCACUGUGGUGAAGUUCGGACGCAACUCCCAGAAAACCCGAAAAGAUUCGACCCAGCGAUUAACGUCUUAGGAAAGCAGAGUUUCUCCUGUGGAAGGUUCCACUAUGAUGUCCAGGUCAAAGGAAAGACUGGAUGGACUUUAGGAGUGGCCAAAGCGUCGGUCAAGAGGAAGGGAGAAAUUAAACUAAACCCAGAGAACGGAUAUUGGACAAUACAUCUAAGGACCAGGAAAGAAUACUUUGCUCUUGCUAGCUAUCCGGUUCCUCUUUCAGUGAUUUCCCAACCUGAGAAGGUCAGAGUGUUUGUGGACUAUGAGGAAGGUCUGUUUUUUUUUUAUGAUGUAGAUGCUGCAGUUCUUCUCUAUUCCUUUACUGGAAGCUCCUUCACGGAGAAACUCUACCCUUUCUUCAGUCCUGGGCCCUACAACCCCCUCAAUAACCCUUCCAACCUCUUCAAUGGGCCUACGACUUCCUCAAAGUCCAUACAACUACCUUAUGGGCAUUUACAACUUUCUGAAUGGCCCUUAAAAUCUCUUCAGGAGCCCUACAACCUCCUCAAAGACCCGUAG